AUGGCCAAUGUUGAACUGUGGGUGUACAAUCUGGGAAACGAAAGCACUUUGAAGCUCCUCAACGCCAUGCUGGGCAUCGAGCUGGAGGGCAUCUGGCACACGUCUCUUGUGGUCUUCAAUGAAGAGCACUACUUCAUGGGGGGAAUAAGGAAGAGCGCCCCUGGGACCACGCCCUUUGGAAGCCCCGCUAAGAAAAUAGACUUUGGAAGCACAGAGAUUACCAAUGCACAACUGGACGCUUUUCUGUCGGAGAUAGACGAGCUGUACACUGAGAAAACGUACCACAUAAUAAGAAACAACUGCAAUCACUUCAGCAACUCUCUCCUGAAGCACCUGGUGAACAAGGAAAUGCCAGCGUACAUCAUGGAAGUAGCCAAGAUGUUCGAGAACACGCCAUUUGAGUCCAUGCUCACGGGGCUGGCUCCAGGCAUGCCAUAA